AUGGCGCUGGGACCCGUCGCAGCCCUCUUUCUUGUUGCGCUGUGUGUGUUCGGGCUGCCAACGCGGCAUCGGCGGGAGUUCGUUGCCCCGCGGCGUACAGCGGCCUGUGCGGGGGCGCCGGUGCGCGAGGGCCCCCGGUGGAGUCGCGCAUCCCGUGCCGCGUUCCAGGCCGACGACGGGCCAGCCGUUUGCCUCGACGCGGAGUCGUACAACUGCUGGGCGGCGUCGCACGGGGCGAGCUUCCCUAAGAUCGAGGUGCGCGCCGGGCAGGCAGGUCUCUGGGGCGCCGUGGCCGCCGCACCCAUGGAGCCGCUGGAGGUGGUCGCGUCCGUUCCCAUGGCGAUGGCGCUCGCCGUCGACGCCGGGCCAGAGUGGGAGGCCCGGCUCACCGAGCAGGCCCUGCUGGCCCGCUUCCGCCGCAUGCGGUCCCCGCCGCACCCGUGGGUUGCUGGGUGGCACCGCGGUGGCUGGGGCACAGACCUCACCGACCUGAUACCCCGCGACCGCGCCAACGUGGUGGGUGGCUCCCUGCUGACCACGGGCAGCGACAACGACGUCGAGAUCUAUAGGAAAUUCGGCCUGCCCUGCCACCCAGUUUUGGACCGCGCCGCCAGGGCUUUGGAGGCCUGGACGGGCUGUUCCCGCGCAGCUGCGCGGAGCGCUCUCAGGUCGAGGGGAACCGCUUUCCGGGCCUGCCGCGACGAGCUGGAAGGUGUGGUGGAGCUGUCCGUGCUGCGCGCAGGAGAGCUUCCGGGCCAGUUUCUGAGCCAGCGGGAGCAGCGCGUCUUCCAGGUGUCGCGCUACUUCUCGCUCGCGCUCGCCCGAGCCACGACCCUGGCUCCCAGCGAGUACACCCCCGCUGGCCUGGUCGCGGUCGUGCCCUUCCACGAGGUUCUGGAGCAUUGUGGGGCGAUUGGUGAAAACACCAAGCUGGUCCUGGAUGCAGAGGGCCUGAAGCUGGUCGCGGCACGCAGGAUUGGCAAAGGAGAGCCGCUCACGCGGGACUACGCCGCGUCGCCGCGUGUGGCCGAGGUGCCGUCGCCGCCGAACACCCCGACUGGCGGGAGCGUCACCCGGCCGCCAGGCGAGGAUGAUAUUGCCUUGCAGAUGCUGCUGCAGUCGAAUAUCAGACCAGAUUGCACGGGCGGGGAUUCGAAGACUGGGGGCGCAUGGUCCUUCCUGCUCCUGGCGGCCUGGCUCUGCUGCCUGGCCGCCAUGCGCGCCGCGGCGCCGCGCCCGGCGGCGCUGGCCGCGCGGGGGGGCGCCGCCCGGGCGGGCCCGGACAUGAGCCGAGGCCGCUGGCUGGCGAAACACGGAGAGGCUGGCAUCCGGUGCGGAGCCGCCGGCGUGCGCCUGGGCGGCAUGCCCGCUCCGCCGCAGGUGCCCCGCGGCGCGGCUGCCAGUGCCAACGCGCCGCCACCAGCCGCCGCGCCUCGACCAGGGGCCGACCCGCUAGACGACGCGUUGGACGAGUUGCUGGCGAGUGCAAAGGCACACUUGCAGAGGCUGGACGAGGUGACCAGCAGGCUACCGCCAAGGGAACCUGGAAGCGGCGGCGCGUGCGCACAACGCAAAGCGCGUGGAGCAGGGGCUCGCCAGCAGGGAUUCGGAGGCGCCGGCUUCUGGAAACCUCGCUGCGAUGCUCACCUGUGGGCGGGUGCCGGCGAGUGCUGCUCGCGCCCGUCCAGCGCGGGUUCCGACAUGGACAGUAUGGCCUCCAGCGGCGAGGACAGUGAUGAUGCCCGUGGUGGCGAUGCAGCCGCCUGGGAGUUCUUGCGCGCAGCCUCAGGGGCGGAGCCGCAGGGGCGCCAGUUCGUGCCGCCAGAAGGCCUGUUCUCCUCUGGCGCCACGGCUGCGGCGGGGCCGGCCGGGGCCACGCCCCGUCCGCGCGGCGGCAGUGGCCACGCGCAGGGCGCCGCCGAGGCGCCGCCAGCGGCCGCGGCCGCGCGGCCUUCACGGGCGCAGCGGCCGCCGCGCCCCCCACCGACAGAGGCCGGCGGCGGCAGCGCUGGCUGUGGUGCCUCGGUUGGACGGGGCGGCCAAGCUGGCUUCAGAUUCGGCGCCGACCCGAGCUGUUGCUCUGGAGGCGACGCGGGGCGCGCCCUCGAAUACCCGGAGGCGGAUAUCGCUGCGGCGCUGGCCUCGGCCAAGGCGAGCGGGCCGGAGGCCCAGCGCAGGGUGCUGAAGCAGUUGUUGCUCAGGUGGCACCCCGACAAGGCGGCCCGCGGAGGUGAUGCGGCCGCCGGCAAUGCUGCGCUCGAGGAGGCCACGCGCGCCUUCCGCUUCCUGAUGAGGGAGAGGGAGCGCCUGGGCCUCUGA